AACUUACUUUUCAAAGAAGUAUUUUGUAGUUUGUUUUCACCCAAGAUCGAAGGCGCAUUGAAGGCAGGCUCAAGGAUGUUCUGAGGAGCUUCACUUCUUGGGGUGACAGGGCGUUGUCCUAGACUUACUUGUCUUUAUCUCGUGUUCUUGGCAGCGUACGCUGUACUGCUUAGUAAGAUGACUAUCACCGUAUCAACCCCAGAAGUUAACUUCCAUCAGACAAAGCAAGAUGUUCAUUUAAAUUUCUCUCCGUCAUCGUCUUCACCGGCCUGUACACCGAGCUUGGUCACGUUCUCAGAUACGCAGUGCUGCGUGGAUUCGCGAGGUGGAGCUUCAUACACAAUACUUUUGAAGCAUGAGAUUGAUGCUAAGAGAUGCAAUUACACCUUGUCAGACAACAGUGCUCAAAUGGUGCUGCGGAAGAAAACAUCUGAAGAGUGGCUGCUAUCCGAUUGGGGAAAUGUGGUGAUGCGUGCCCCGUGCUCUGCUGGUGCAAAGGAUGCUAUUGGCAGUAGCAGUGCUGACACAUCCAGCGUGAGCACUGCAGCAUCCUCUUCCAAAACUGCGACGGUUGAUAGCCACUCUGCAGGAGCAGCAGUACACAUGUGUGCAGGCAAUGUCACACCGCCGGACAGUGAUAGAAGCAGUGAUGAUGACUAUGCUUCACCGCUGACAGGUGCUGCAGCUACUGGUGCUGCUGCUGUCGCCCGUACCUAUGCCAAGGGCAGUGACGGAUCCUCCGGCUCAGAAGGAUCUGAUGGGAGGUGUGCGAGUAGCAUGCGGUACCAUCCAAUCGGACCCAUCUGCCUUCGACAGUAUGCUGUGAAGCCUGGCAGAACUGGACUGCGCAACAAUGGCAACACGUGUUAUUUGAACUCGAUACUGCAAUGCCUGUCACACACCAGAGAACUACGGCAUUAUUUCAUAGCUAACGAGUUCACGAAGGACGUCAGCGUUGGCAACCCUCUCGGAUACAAUGGCCAUCUAGCCAGCGCCUAUGCCAAGCUGUUGGCGCAGCUGUGGUCCGGAGAGGACCAGAGCGUAACCCCGUUUCUGCUACAGAAAAUACUGGCAAAGAGAUGCAGUCAGUUCAAUUCUUUGAUGCAGCAGGAUGCACAGGAGUUCUUAUCGGCUCUGCUGGAUGGGCUACACGAGGAUCUGAAUCGUGUGAAGAGCAAGCCCAUCGUGCCACCAGUGGAAUCGAAUGGCCGGCCUGAUGAUGUCGUAGCUGCAGAAUCCUGGGACAUGUAUCGUCGACGGAACGACUCAUUUCUCGUAGAUCAUAUGUACGGCCAGUUCAAGUCCACUCUGGUUUGCCCAACGUGCCAAAUGGUGUCGAUCGUGUUUGACCCGUUCAUGUACCUUACCCUGCCCGUGCUGAAGCCCAAGAGAAUCCGGCGCGUCAUUCUUCUACCGUGUCAGCUUGGUUCACAGCCCAGCAUGUACGACAUUGCUGUAUCAGAAGAUGAAGCUAUCGGCGGCAUACGCGCAGCUUUGCUGGAGAGGAUUGGGAAACGUGCCGUUCUACUGCAGAAGGUGACGCGUGGCAUAGGGUAUGACCUGGCGGACACGUUUCCACAAUCAGUGUUGGAUAAGGAUCAUCCAAUACUUGCGGUUGAAAUUCCUCAGCCUGGAAAGCAUGGCGAUGAGAAGGCUGAAGAUCUUGUUCGUAUUCCCCUCGUUCAGCGAGUCGCACUGCCACCUAUGCCGUCGUCGUGUUGCUUCUGUACAUCAAGGCCUACUGCUGAGCGCCCGCUGUCGCGUUGCACUCGCUGUUUCAGAGUAGCAUACUGUAACAGGUCGUGCCAGCAGAUGCACUGGCUGGCGCACAAGCCUGGGUGCCGAUUGCGACCAGCGCCAUACGGCCAUCCGGCCGUGAUCACCAUCGCACGUCACGAGGUCACCUACAAGAACCUGUACCGCUGGGCAGAACACUACGCAAGGAUGUCCGUGGAUGUGGUUGCUCGGGAGAGCAGCAGCAACAGCAAAGCCUCCCCUACAUCCUCACCGGCCCAGUCCCCGAGUUCAUCUGCAACCAUUGUGAGUGAUCACUCUGUCACGGCGGCGCCUGAUUCGCCAUCCAGCAGCACCUGUACCAGCAGUGCAGUCCAAACCAGUGCUGACAAGCAAAGCACGACCACGGCCAUGGCCGCGGAAACAGAGCGACUGCCUCCGUUCCAUCUCAGCUGGGCCCGGUCAGCCACUGAUGACAAGACAGACCGUAUCGAUCGAACUAGUAAUAAGGUAUUGGAAGUACCGGGCAAAGGUGUCUUGUUGUUGGACUGGAGG